AUGUCCGUAGCGACGAUGCUUCAACCUGCAUCCAGAGUCUCUCGAGCCUCUUCUUCCUCCUCGUCCUCGUUUCAGCCCGUCGCACGACAGAACACAAUGUCGUCGCACGAUACUCGGUCGCUCCGCCAAUCCAAGCGGAUGUCGGUCACCGCGUUGUACCUGUCCAUGUCCGCCAAGGAUAGAGACUUGGAAAUUUCAGAUGACCUGGCGCGAGCCCAGAAACACCUUCGAGAACUCAAGUCCAAGAUCUCCUCACAGUCCAAGAAGAACUUCGUUCUAGAGAAGGAUGUACGCUACUUGGACUCUCGAAUUGCAUUGCUGAUUCAGAAUCGCAUGGCUUUGGAGGAGCAAAACGAAGUUGCCAGUCACUUAGACGAUACUGCCGACCCGCAAGAAGGAUUCUUUCCCAACGAUGAGCGUACCCAGAAAUACGGCAAUCUACUUUUCUUGUUGCAAUCGGAACCCCGCCACAUCGCCCACUUGUGUCGACUAGUCUCUAUGGCAGAGAUCGAUUCGCUCUUGCAAACGGUCAUGUUCACCAUCUAUGGUAACCAAUACGAAAGUCGUGAAGAGCACUUGUUGCUCACUAUGUUCCAAUCCGUCCUUACGUACCAAUUUGACAACACUCCCGAAUACUCCUCCCUCCUGCGACAAAACACCCCCGUGUCUCGGAUGAUGACAACCUAUACCCGUCGCGGCCCCGGUCAGAGCUACCUGAAACAAGUCCUUGCCGACCGAAUCAACUCUUUGAUUGAAUUGCGGGAUGUUGACUUGGAAAUCAACCCCCUGAAGGUGUACGAGAGCAUGGUGAAACAGAUCGAGGAGGAGACGGGCUCUCUGCCUGACUAUCUUGCUCGCUCCGUCACGGCAGAGGAUGCAGCCGCCAACGAACAAGUGCAGGCCAUCAUUGCGCCCCGCUUGAAGAUGUUGACAGAUAUUGCCAACGGGUUCCUGACGACCAUCAUUGAUUCGGUGGAUGAGGCGCCAUACGGAAUUCGCUGGAUUUGCAAGCAGAUUCGGAGCUUGUCUCGCCGCAAGUACCCUGAUGCCCAAGACCAGACGAUUUGUACUCUGAUCGGUGGAUUCUUUUUCCUGCGCUUCAUUAAUCCCGCAAUUGUCACUCCCCGCUCCUAUAUGCUGAUUGAUGCUACGCCCACCGAUAAGCCCCGACGCACCCUGACUCUGAUCGCGAAAAUGCUACAGAACUUGGCCAACAAGCCCUCAUACGCCAAGGAGCCCUAUAUGGCAAGCCUGCAGCCAUUCAUUGAGUCUAACAAGGAGCGUGUCAACAAGUUCCUACUCGACCUUUGUGAGGUUCAAGAUUUCUAUGAGAGUCUGGAAAUGGACAACUACGUUGCUCUCUCUAAACGGGACCUCGAGCUUCAAAUCACUUUGAACGAAAUGUAUGCCACCCAUGCGCUUCUGGACAAGCACAGCGCAGCUCUUACCCAGGAUCACAAUUCCCACCUUUCCCUCUUGCUGCAAGAAUUGGGAGUAUCCCCACCCCAGGUUCCGCGCAAGGAGAAUCGAACAAUCACGGUUCCCUUGUUCAGUCGAUGGGAAACCGCCCUGGAUGACCUGACGGCUGCGCUGGAUAUUACUCAGGAGGAAGUCUUCUUCAUGGAAGCCAAGUCUACAUUUGUCCAGAUCCUCCGAUCGCUCCCUCCCAACUCUUCAGUAGCUCGUCGACCUCUGCGGCUGGACCGCAUUGCCGAAGCUGCUGCCACUCUGAAGAAUGACGCAGUUAUGGUACGGAAGGGAAUCCGCACAAUGGAACUGCUGAGUCAGCUACAGGAUAUGGGAGUGAUCGAUCGAUCGGAUGAAUUCAGUCUUCUCCGAGACGAAGUGGAGCAAGAAUUGGUCCACCUUGGUUCCUUGAAGGAAAAAGUCCUGGAGGAAACCCGAAAACUGGAAGAGGUCUUUGCCACCAUCCGUGACCACAACGCAUACCUGGUAGGCCAGUUGGAAACCUACAAAUCUUAUCUCCACAACGUGCGUAGCCAAUCUGAGGGCAAGCAACGGAAGAAGGAGAAGCACCAGGAGCUGGGACCCUACAAGUUCACCCACCAGCAACUUGAGAAAGAAGGUGUUAUUCGGCGCAGUAAUGUGCCUGAGAACCGCCGAGCAAACAUCUACUUUAUGUUCAAGAGUCCUCUUCCUGGUACUUUCGUCAUCAGUCUGCACUAUAAGGGCCGAGCUCGUGGAUUGCUUGAGCUUGAUCUCAAGCUCGAUGAUCUUUUGGAAAUGCAGAAGGACAACCUGGAGGACCUUGAUCUGGAGUAUGUCCAGUUCAAUGUCACCAAGGUGCUUACUCUGUUGAACAAGCGAUUUGCACGCAAGAAGGGGUGGUAA